AUGGCGGCUGCCCGUACCUACUUUGCGAGAUACCCUCACGUCUGGCACGAUCGCUCCACUCGUCCGAGACUCACUACCAUGAGUCUCGAGACGAUCGAGGAGUCUCUGGGAGAAGUCAGCGAGACCCCUACCCCUGACGAGGUCAAGAUGCUCCAAUCAGCCUCCAGGGCCGAGGCCAUCACCAAGGCCCUAUUCGAGCAAGUAUACGCUCCCAACAAGCCUGGAGAGAAGGGAAUAGAGGGGAGGGAGUCUCAAUCUCCUCCAACCGAGCUCGCGACUCCGGGAUUCAAAGCCCCUUCCACUUGGAACCCCACCACACCCGGCUGCAUAGACUGCACCAUCUCCCCCUCCCCCAGCCACAACUACAGCAACAACAUCGGCUGGACCUCCUUCGAAGAUGUCGCCCUAGAAGCCCGCACCCUCGCAGAAUACGGCAUCCGCAGCCCUCGCGUCAAAUCCCGGCUCUCCCGCUUCCAGUACGCCGACUACGAACAAGAACCCCUCACCCGCAACGAGCCCUGGAUCAAGAGGUUCUCGUACUUCGAAUACGGGAUCGAGGCUGCGAGGGCGAUCCAGAGACGUGAUGAUGUGGUUGUUGUUGACCCCUUCCACGUCGACGAACUCCCCGUCGAGGCGGAGAUUGAGGAGUUGGUUCUCCCGCCGCCUGUGCUGCCACUGCCACAACCACAGCCACCGGUGGUCGCCCCGCACCUUGAGGAGUUACGGCCGCGGUCUUUGGACCUCAGCGCAGCGAAGGUGAAUGAGAGUGAGAGUGGGAGUGAGAUUACUUCGGAGGAGCAUCUCUGUCUCUUCUGUUCCUCCGUCGUUUGGUGUGAGAGUGAGGAGGAUUCGGAGUACAGCCUGGCUGAUCAGGAGAUCCGGCGAGAGCUGGAUGCGGUGAAUUGGGAUUUCGAGAAGUGGGCUCUCGGCGAUGGUAAUUCCGACACGGACGGCGAGAAGUCUCCCGCCUCUCCUGCCACUCCUGCCGAGCGGUGCGGGGGCGUAGUCGCCGUAGUAGAGAUGGAGGGAAAAGAAGAAGAGGAGGAGGAGGAGGAGGAAUCGGCCUUCAGUGUGGUUCUGCUGGCGAAUCUCGUUGGAUUUUCCAUUUCCUUCCUGAUCGUGUCCAUCGUAUUCGGACUCCGGUCGGAAUCGCAGUGGGCGUAA